AUGGCGGAGGCAGAGGGUGAGAGCCUGGAGUCGUGGCUGAAUAAAGCCACUAACCCAUCUAACAGGCAGGAAGACUGGGAAUACAUCAUUGGAUUCUGUGACCAGAUCAACAAGGAACUUGAAGGGCCACAGAUAGCUGUGAGACUCCUGGCUCAUAAAAUCCAGUCACCACAGGAAUGGGAGGCAGUCCAAGCCUUGACAGUGCUGGAAGCUUGCAUGAAGAAUUGUGGAAGAAGAUUUCAUAAUGAAGUAGGGAAGUUUCGCUUUUUAAACGAGUUAAUCAAAGUUGUGUCUCCAAAGUACCUGGGAGACCGAGUCUCAGAGAAGGUGAAGUCCAAAGUCAUUGAGUUGCUGUACAGCUGGACAGUGGCACUGCCAGAGGAAUCCAAAAUCAAGGAUGCUUACUACAUGCUGAAACGACAAGGCAUUGUUAUGUUUGAUCCUGUGAUUCCUGCAGACAGAACCCUGAUUCCUUCUCCUCCACCUCGUCCCAAAAACCCUGUGUUUGAUGAUGAGGAGAAAUCCAAGCUCCUAGCCAAGCUGCUGAAAAGCAAAAACCCAGAUGACUUACAGGAGGCCAACAAACUUAUAAAAUCCAUGGUAAAAGAGGAUGAGGCCCGGAUUCAGAAGGUGACAAAACGCAUGCACACGCUGGAGGAGGUGAACAACAAUGUCAAGCUGCUGAAUGAGAUGUUGGUUCAUUACAGCAAAGAGGACUCAUCAGAGGCUGAUAGGGAGCUCAUGAAGGAGCUGUAUGAAAGGUGUGAAACCAAGAGACGGACCUUGUUCAAGCUGGCCAGUGAGACUGAGGAUAAUGACAGCAGUCUGGGGGAUAUUCUGCAGGCCAGUGACAACUUAUCCCGUGUGAUCAAUUCCUAUAAGAAAAUCAUCGAAGGGCAGGUGAUCAAUGGUGAGGUGGAUCUCCCGGAGAUGCCUGCAGGGGAAGGGAGUAACUCCACAAGUAACCUCAACACCCUCAUUGACCUUGCUGGACUGGACGUCACCAGCACCCCGCCACCUCCAAUGCCACCCAGCACCCUGGCACCAGCCCCCACAGCAGCCCCAGCCCCAGCUGAGAUCCCCAUUCUCCCGCCUCCUCCCCAGGCCUUCCGGAGCAGUUCCUCCAGCCAGGUGGAAGCCACCCCAGCUCCGCACAGUAGCACGACCAACUCCCUCUCCCUGCUGGAUGAGGAGCUUCUCUGCUUAGGCCUGAACGACCCAGCCCCUGCAGCAGUGAAGGAGACAUCAGAAAACAAUCAGUGGAGCAUGUUUGAGAAUGACCAGCUGGACCUGGACUUCUUUAACCCAAAAAUGGGGACUGCUUGCAACCCUGCAGGGAACCCACUUCUCCAUCACACACCACAGACCACGUGUGGAGCAUCAGUGACGCUGCCCUCAGCUUUCACAGCCUCCCAGACUGCUCCUAGCAUCCCAGCAGCAAACUCAGCACCGUUUGUAUUCUCUGCUGGACCAGCUGCCCCUGCUGGACCUCCUAAGACUAUUCCAGCUGCUCCUGGGUACUUCGGCUCCUCUGUAGGGAGCAAUACAUCACAGAAGAUGGAUGCAUUGGGACAACUCCUUGAAGAAGCCAAAGGGACUGUCACCCAGGGCAUGGCCACACCCUCAGGGUACCCUGGGGUUACUUUGCCAACUGCUGCCACCUCCGCCCCGUUGAUAGCACCUGUAGGGCUGCCAGCCACUGCCCCAGGAGCCCCUCCAGUUCCUUUCCCAAGCAGCUCUACUGCUGGCACAGGAAGUCCUCUCUUCCAGCCAGCAUCAUUCCAGCAGCAAGGCAGUCCCAUGAAAGCAGCUGAGAUUUCCUUGGCCAGUGUCCACGUUCCCUUGGAAUCCAUUAAACCCAGCAGUGCCCUCCCGGUGACAGCCUACGACAAGAACGGCUUCCGGAUCCUGCUGCACUUCGCCAGGGAGUGCCCCCCGGGCAGGUCGGACGUGCUGGUGGUGGUGGUCUCCAUGCUGAACACAGCACCCCUCCCUGUGAAGAACAUCGUGCUGCAGGCUGCUGUGCCCAAGUCCAUGAAAGUGAAGUUACAACCACCCUCUGGCACAGAGCUGUCUCCAUUCAAUCCCAUCCAGCCUCCUGCUGCCAUCACCCAAGUCAUGCUUCUGGCAAACCCUGCGAAGGAGAAGGUGAGGCUGAGAUACAGACUGACCUUCACACUGGGAGACCAGCCCAGCACAGAGGUUGGAGAAGUGGAUCAGUUUCCCCCGGUAGAGCAGUGGGGGAAUCUAUGA